GAACCCGAUUAGUAUUGAGCAGCAUUUAACAGAGAGUUUCUUAUUCUGGUUGUUUACUUCGGUCAGUAGGUGGAUGUUUUCAUUGUGCAACCUGGGAGACCAGAUCCAUAUCAGUUUUAUGUCAUACUCAGUUUGAUUAAGACAUUUUGGACUCUGAUCUUUAAUGCCUGUGUGUUCCCUCCCAUUGUGAAGCCGGAGGCAGCAGUCCCAGCCGUCCUGGCUUCCAGGCAGGUGGAGCUGCGCCUGUCACAAACUGACCUCUUCAGCUGGCGCCCACAGACAGUCGCUGAUCCGCAGCUUCCCAUACUGCAGUGUCCUGGUGCCACCAGGAGGGACAAGGCAGCUCUGUACAGAGGGUCAGAAUGUAGCGUGACAUCUCUAGACUCAAGCAUGACACAGGGUGGUUGGAUCAUUCCUGUCCUUUGCUAGGUUUGGUGGAUUAUUCUUUUUUAGAAGGAAGAUGAGCAGACGUUGCUAUGGAAGCAGAAAGUGAGGUGGAGUUUUCCAACAAUGAUGUCAAGUUCAUUCCACUGUGGAGGAAAUCAAAUGCUCACUCUCAUCAAGCAGAGGGACAUUAUUACAGCCACAACCCAAGACCCAGACCUCAGUCUUAUCAGAGCCCAAAUGGAUUGCUGGUUACAGAUUUUCCUGUGGAGGACAAGCACUUUUUUACAGUAACACAGCCUGCAGAAAGGAUUACAACUUCUCCAGAAAGCAGGAUCCCUCAACAAAGGGGGGCUUUAUACCAUAAUUCCAAUGGCCGACCACCCUUACCUUCAUCAUUGUCAUUGUCAUCUCUGGAAUAUACAGCAAGGUCACCAAGUAGCAAACGAUCUUCUCAGGUAUUAAAGGUGGUUUCAAAUAAUUCUAUUACUUUUACUGCCAAUGGAAACCUGACAUCCCCAAACCAAAAAUCAAAAUAUUCAAACAGGAUAACUCAUAAUGUUAGUUUAACACCUGACAAAGAACAAAUUGUUUUUGGGUCCAAUUCUGGUUUUUCAGUUAAUGGAAUGGUGGCGAGCAAUAGCCCACCUCUGCAGAUGCAGGCCAGGAUGAGUACAGCAAAUGACCAAUCAGAUUCUUUAUCAGUUUCUCCAAAAUCUGUUUCUGAAGAAAAAACAAAGCUCCAAAGGACAUCUUCUAAUCCCUCUACUUUGACGGAAAAGCAGUCCAUAAUAUUAAGCACAAAUAGUACUCCUGCCCUCAAAACAGGGGUUCAACAAAUCAUCCCCAAGAGUCUAGCUUCAGGAGUAAAAGUGGCCAACAAAUCUAGUGUACAGAACAGUCAAAAUACUGAGCCUAAGAGAAGGGUUUUAAAGACUCGAAGUAUGGUGGAAACCAGCACAGCCCCUUUGGUGGUGGUUGCUCCAGAUGAUGGAGAUGCAGAAGCUGAUACAGAGAGUCCAGGAGCUUUGAGGAGAGGGCUAAGGUCUACCUCUUAUCGCAGAGCAGUUGUGAGCGGUAUUGACUUCAGUGACCAGACAGAGAGAAAGAAAAGCAACAGGAUGUCUCAGCCAGUGCUUAAAUCGGUUGUAGAGGACAAAGAGAAGUUUUCUAGCUUGGGAAGGAUAAAGAGGAAAAUCCUGAGAGGACAAGGAACGUUUGAUGGAGAAGAGAAUGCUGUACUGUACCAAAACUAUAAGGAAAAAGCUUUGGAUAUUGAUUCAGAUGAGGAUGCAGAUUCCAAAGAACAGAAAACUGAAGAUAGAAUUAUUGUUGAAUAUAAACCUUUACGCUCAACCUGGAGUCAACUUUCAGUGGUGAGAAAGAAUGGAUUAUCACAGACGAUUGGCCAGGAGGAAAGAAAAAGACAAGAGGCAAUGUUUGAAGUAAUAUCCUCUGAACAUUCAUAUCUGCUCAGCUUGGAAAUUUUGAUCCGGAUGUUUAAGAAUUCCAAACAGCUCAGUUCCACCAUGACCAAAACAGAAAACCAUCACCUCUUCUCUAACAUUACAGAUGUCUGUGAAGCAAGUAAAAAGUUUUUUAAAGAACUGGAAGGAAGACAUCAGCGAAAUAUUCUUAUUGAAGAUAUCAGUGAUAUAGUGGAGAAACAUGCAAAGACCACAUUUGAUCCCUAUGUGAAAUAUUGCACGAAUGAGAUUUAUCAGCAAAGGACACUUCAGAAGUUAAUAUCCACAAAUUCAGCUUUUAAGGAGGUUCUGUCUAGAAUUGAAUCUCAAGAAGAAUGCAGGAACCUACCCAUGAUUUCCUUCCUUAUUCUUCCUAUGCAGAGAGUUACUCGUUUUCCGCUGCUCAUGGAUACAAUCUGUCAAAAAGCACCCAAAGGUUCUCCAAAGCAUGAAGCUUGCAAGCGAGCCUUAAAAGAAGUAAGCAAAUUAGUUCGUCUGUGCAAUGAAGGAGCACGUAAAAUGGAGAGAAUGGAAAUGAUGGUCACAAUUAAUUCCCAACUGGAAUUUAAAAUUAAGCCAUUCCCAUUGGUGUCUUCCUCACGCUGGUUACUGAAGAGAGGUGAACUUACAGCUUAUGUUGAAGACACUGGGAUAUUCUCAAAGAGAACCACAAAACAGCAAGUCUACUUCUUCCUCUUCAACGACGUCCUCAUUAUCACAAAGAAGAAAAGUGAAGAAAGUUACAAUGUAACAGAUUAUUCAUUAAGAGACCAGCUACUUGUGGAACCCUAUGAUAACGAAGAGCCAAGCUCUCCAAUAAAAAAUAGCACACCAAUGCUGUACUCAAGACAAAGCUCAGCCAACCAUCUAUUCACACUAACUAUACGCAGUAACUAUGCAGGAGAAGAGGUGGAAAUAUUACUUGGAGCAGAGACCUUGAGUGAUAGAGCCCGCUGGAUAACUUCUUUGGUGCAGAACAAUGACAAGCCAGACACGGAUAGGACGACUUUAACUCAGGUGGAAAUUACAAGGACAUACACAGCAAAACAACCAGAUGAGCUCUCUCUACAAGUUGCUGAUGUGGUCCUAGUUUAUCAGAAAGUUAAUGAUGGAUGGUAUGAAGGAGAGAGACUUCGAGAUGGAGAAAGGGGAUGGUUUCCUAUGGAAUGUGCUAAGGAAAUAACAUGUAGGGCUACAAUAGAAAAGAACAUGGAGCGGAUGGGUCGUUUGCUUGCACUUGAAACUAAUGUCUAAACUCCCGUGUCGUGUUGUCAGCCAUUUCUUCACUACUGCUAAAUUUGCACUACAGUAGCAGCACUGGGAGUGGGAAAGUGUACAGGGACGUGAAGCUCUUCCAAGCAUUUGAACAUAAGUACAACUUUUAUAAGGGGCUUGGUCCAAGGAAAAACUCAAUUCCCUUACAGCUUCCUUUGCCAGACAAGACUCCUCACACUCCCUGAUUGUCAAAUUCAGAUUGACCGUCUGCUUCUUCCUAUUCUCUUUGAGAUUCAAAAGGGAAAGUUCUGUUAACAUAUUUCCUGGACAAAUUGUGGCCUCUUCAGUUCAAUUCUGCUGUAUCAUUUACUGUGUGUAUAAAACUCAAAGGCUAACAUUUCUUUUUGUGAGGAUGUUUACUCAUUUUGAAGUGAUUAGGCAAAUGUUUCAGCAUAACAAAUAUUGGUCACAUUCGUUCAUUCAAAGCAAAUAUCGACUGACAAACUAUUUUUUUUUUGUUGCUAAAUCAAUUGCAACUUUUAGAUAUUAACAUUAGAAUAUCUUGAUUCAUAGACUUUAUUAUAAAUCUUUUGGAAUCAAUUUUCAGAUGUUGCAUUUAAAUGUUAACGUUUGUUCUAUAGAAACGUCAUGUGGGUAGAUCAAAUGUCAAGGGGAACAUUCCAACAUAUGCCUAUCCCUAGAAGUGAUGGAGAAGGGAAAAUUUGAUCCCUAUGCAUUUAGCAUGCAGAAAGAAAAUUAUAAUUUGGACGAUAUUCCACCAGUAUAUAUUUUUUCAGAAAAUGUUUUUAUAAGCACAUUAGUUAUAAAACUGGUUUCGAGCUUUUGAAUGUAAUCAAUUGUUGAACUUUGAAUUAAUUGUAAGUGCUUUGAAUUGUGGUCUUAAUAGAAGAACAUACACUACUGAAAGAGAAAUGUAUUAAUAUUCAUUCUUAGCACAUAGGCAUGCCUCACAAAUAUAAACAUUACAUUCCUCUGAUAAAAGAAGACAAAGCAAAUAUAAUUACCAUGUACUCUGCUUAUCAUAUUUCAUGGUCAGAAAUUAAGUAGUGUGUUUUGUUUAAAACAUUUUAUUUUAUUAAUCAGAUCUAUAAAAAAAUAAAUUCAAAUAGCAAAAGCAGUCAAAGCCUUCAAGCUGAAAUAUUUAAAACUAUCACUGGAUAAUCAUUUUAAUAUAUGUUGUAAGUUUACAAGUUUUAAAUAUGUAUUACAAAAACAUAGGACAUUUUCAUUAAAAACAAAAAUAGGUUACAUCUUCAAUUACAUUUUGCCAAAAAUGAUUUUAGUAAAAAUUUAAUGUCAGGUUGUUGUUUUUGUUGUGUGUGUAAAAUAGUCACAGUAUUAGGUAGGGCAAGUUAAAGUGAUGUCAUUGCUCAAUGGCUGAUAACAGAACAUAAUUUAAAGCUGUCCAUCAUCAACUUAGUCUUUAGGAAUAACUUAUCUAUGCUCAACAAGGGAUUUCUUUGAAACCUGCCUUAUUUAAUGGACUCUGAGUGCAACCGUUGGAUGAACAUGUAAAAAUGAGAUUUGUUUUGAUGCAUUGAAUUACAAGACUAUCCCUUCCACAGCAAACAAGAGCAUUAAUGUGUUUACAGUAGAGUACAUCUGUAUAUAUGCACACUUUACAUGGUUUUCUGUUUUUUCUUCUAAAAAAAGAGGUCAGUGACAAAAUAAACAAAGGCAGAUAUUUGUACUUUUCUGAAGUGCCUUGUUUCUUGUAUUUAACAUUGCUGCAGGGUAUUAAACUGGAUAUAUGUCUCUGCAUUUUUAUGUUAGAUAAAUAUCAUAUGUAAAAGUUUUAAUACAGAAUACUGUGACAUUUUAUAAUUUUACCUUUGUAAAUAAAAAAAGAUUUUAACUA